GCGGCCCCGGUGCGCCCCGGCCCGCCCGCGCCCCGCCCCUGCUCUCGCCCGCGGCCGCCGAGGGGCCGGGCCGGCGGCGGGGGAGGCGCCGAGCCGGGGCUGCGCGCCUCGUCCGCCGCGCUCUGGGCGGCCCGAGCGAGCGGCCGGACCUCGCGCCCCGCGCGCCCCGCGCCGCCGCCGGCUUUGUUGUCGCCGCGCCCGGAGCGCGAGCCGCGCGCCGGGACCUUGGCUCUGCCCUUCGCGGGCCGGGGCUGCGCGGGGCCCGGCCGGGAUCCUAGGAGGGCGCGGGCCGGCGGCAGGGGCAGCGCGGCCGCCACGCCAUGGAGCUCCGGGCCCGGCGCUGGUGGCUGCUCUGCGCGGCCGCCGCGCUGCUUGCCUGCGCCCGCGGAGACCCCGCCAGCAAAAGCCGCAGCUGCAGCGAAGUCCGGCAGAUUUACGGAGCCAAGGGCUUCCGCCUGAGCGACGUGCCCCAGGCGGAGAUCUCGGGUGAGCACCUACGCAUCUGCCCCCAGGGCUACACCUGCUGCACCAGUGAGAUGGAGGAGAACUUAGCCAACCGCAGCCGUGGGGAGCUGGAGAUGGCACUCCGGGACAGCAGCCGCGCCCUGCAGGCCAUGCUGGCCACCCAGCUGCACAGCUUCGACGACCAGUUCCAGCAGCUGCUCAAUGGCUCAGAGCGCGCCCUGCAGGAGGCCUUCCCUGGCGCCUUCGGGGAGCUGUACACACAACAUGCCCAAGCCUUCCGCGACCUCUACGCCGAACUGCGCCUCUACUACCGUGGUGCCAACCUACACCUGGAGGAAACACUGGCCGAGUUCUGGGCCCGCCUACUGGAGCGCCUCUUCCGGCAGCUGCACCCCCAGCUGCUGCUGCCCGAUGACUACCUAGACUGUCUGGGCAAGCAGGCCGAGGCACUGCGGCCCUUCGGGGACGCCCCGCGGGAGCUGCGCCUGCGUGCCACCCGCGCCUUCGUGGCUGCCCGUGCCUUUGUGCAGGGCCUGGGCGUGGCCGGCGAUGUGGUCCGCAGGGUGGCACAGGUGCCCCUGGGCCCUGAGUGCGCCCGCGCCGUCAUGAAGCUCGUCUACUGCGCACACUGUCGGGGGGUCCCGGGCGCCCGGCCCUGCCCGGACUACUGCCGCAACGUGCUCAAGGGCUGCCUGGCCAACCAGGCCGACCUGGAUGCCGAGUGGAGGAACCUCCUGGACUCCAUGGUGCUCAUCACGGACAAGUUCUGGGGCCCCUCGGGGGCAGAGGCGGUCAUCGGCAGCGUGCACCUGUGGCUUGCAGAGGCCAUCAGCACCCUCCAGGACAACAAGGACACGCUCACGGCCAAGGUCAUCCAGGGCUGCGGGAACCCCAGGGUCAACCCCCAGAGCCCAGGGCCAGAGGAGAGCCGGCGCCGAGGCAGGCUGGUGCUGCAGGAGAAACCUCCCACAGGCAUGCUGACCAGACUGGUCUCUGAAGCCAAGGUCCAGCUCCGGGAUGUCCAGGACUUCUGGAUCAGCCUGCCGGGGACGCUGUGCAGCGAGAAGAUGGCCGUGAGCGCUGGCAGCGACGACCGCUGCUGGAACGGCAUGGCCAAGGGCCGGUACCUCCCCGAGGUGAUGGGUGACGGCCUGGCCAACCAGAUUAACAACCCCGAGGUGGAGGUGGACAUCACCAAGCCAGACAUGACCAUACGGCAGCAGAUCAUGCAGCUCAAGAUCAUGACCAACCGGCUGCGAGGCGCCUUCAGCGGCAGUGAUGUGGACUUCCAGGACGCCAGUGACGACGGCAGCGGCUCGGGCAGUGGAGCUGGCUGCCCCGAGGAUGUGUGUGGCCGGAGGGUGGGCAGGAAGAGCUCGAGCUCACGGACGCCCUUGACCCACGCCCUGCCCGGCUUGUCAGAGCGGGAGGGGCAGCAGACAGCAGCCGCCAGCUGCCCCCGGCCCCAGGCGUCCCCACUGCUCCCGCUGUUACCCCUGGUCCUCGCAGCAGCCGGGCCCCGGUGGCGGUAACCGCCCACAGCCCAAGGACGGAGGCCCAGGACAACUUUGCCAAAA